CACCGGCAGCUGCUGAAGGACAGCUUCAUGGUGGAACUGGUGGAGGGAGCCCGCAAGCUGCGUCACGUCUUCCUGUUCACGGACCUGCUCCUCUGCACCAAACUCAAGAAGCAGAGUGGAGGCAAAACCCAACAGUAUGACUGCAAAUGGUACAUUCCACUCACGGAUCUCAGCUUCCAGAUGGUGGACGAGUCAGAGGCAGCACCCAACAUCCCUCUGGUGCCAGAUGAGGAGCUAGAUGCCUUGAAGAUCAAGAUCUCUCAGAUCAAGAGUGACAUCCAGAGAGAGAAG